AUGGAACUACUUCAAUUAAGUUCUAAUCAUAUUGAAUUCACAUACAAUAAAUAUGAUAAUAUGCAAUCCACUAUGGUUAUUUACAAUAAUACGCUCACUCCAAUUGCUUAUAAAGUAUUAUUUAUUUUAUUUUUAUAGUUCAAAGCAUCAAAUAGAAAUAUCUUUCUUGUAAGACCAUCAAUUGGUAUUGUUUAACCUAAAUAAAAUCAAUUCAUUAGAGUUACUCUUCAUUGUAAAGUCUUUGAAAAUACUUCUAUCAAUGAAUUUAAUGAAAAAUUACAAUUAAUUUCAUUUCCCAUUUUCUCUGGAAUCCAGGAUCCAACACCCAUUUUCAAAGAUUCAACUAGAUAAUUUGAAAAUUAAAAAAUUAAAAUUGUCAUCUCUUCUUUUGACAAAUAAAUUAUGUCAUAAAUUGGUGGAAGUCCUAAUUUUGUUUUUGAAUCACUUCAUAAAUAGAAUAGUUAAUUUGACUAGUAUAAUCCUCUUAUUGAACCUAAAUAUGAUCAAAAUAGAUUUAAAGUUUAAUAGUAUCAAGCCAAAAAUUAAGUUAUGCAAUAAGAAAUUGCUUAAAAAGAAUAAUAAUUAGUAUUAUUUUUAUUUAUACUUAAGUUAAAUUUUUAAAAGACUCAUAGUGUUUCUAAUGAAAAAUUUAACAAUGAUCCUAAUAAGAAUUCAAAGGACACUUUACUACUUAUCAUAGUGAGUAUAAUGUCGUUUUACAUAAUUUUAAGAUAUUUUGAUAUAAUAAAUAAAGUUAAUCCAAGAUGA